AUGACUGUUCUUGACACUGAAAAUGAGAGUGAAAGUGAUGCCAGCUCCAUCCUCACCGAAAUCUUCUCGGACGACGGGCUCGAUGACGACUCUGCUUCUGAUCUGGACCCGGACUCGGACAGCGAAGAUCUAGACGACGAGAGCGAUUCCGAGGACGAUGAGGCUGUUGACGAGGGCCAACUUUCUCUGGAAGAAUAUUUGGCUAAAGCAGAGCAGCUGGAUGAGAAGUUAGACGAGACUGGCGAGUACUGGAAUAGACACUGCCGGCACCUGGGCUUGGACCCCUCGCAGCAAUGGCACUGGAUCUCGGACUCGGAUGACACCGUCCGUUUCCUCUACGGAUUCUUCGGCUGGCGGUGCGAUAUCCGUCGUGGUAAAAAUGGUCGACGCUGUCCAGGCUUUCGCUAUAAGAGCUCACUGGAGUCAUUCUGGAAAUGGUGGCAUCUGGUCCUGAAGCAAAAGACGUCGUCUGGGCUGAGCAAAGAGACCAUGGUCAAAGUGGACGAUGUCAUUGCUCUUGUGGCAAAGGAAAAAGAAUUGGAGCUCCACCGGCGGCCGAAAAAGAACAUGUAUAUUGAAGAUGUGGUGGAGUUCGCCCGAGUCUUACUGACCACCACCGAAACGACGUUCGGGUGUGGCUGGCGGCGAAUUCAGCUCCUGUUCUACAGUCAACUCGCCGCCAUCAUGGCGAGUCGUCCUGGGGCCCUUCUACACCUUCGCUAUCGGGACCUGGGACUCAAGUUGAUCCGAGACCCAGAUGGAGGACGGCCGCACCUGUUCAUAUUCUUGAAACUGGACUUCACGAAGCGAUUUCUAGGGAAAAAGCCUCCAAAUGAGUUCAAAAUCCCCGAAAUUAUAUUCGAUCCAACUCUAGCCCUGAGCCCGCAUGUUUGUCUACAGAUUAUGCUAUUUCACAUCCAGGGCUUUAAGAGAAUCUCUAAGACGGGCCCCGUGCUGGAUUCUGCGGCAAAACUCUAUAGUCUUCGCGUUCCUGACGGCAAAGGGCAACAAGAGGUGCAACUUCAAGACGCACUCCUGGAUAAAUAUGUGUUCUGUCAAGUGGACCAGGAGAAUACUGGGUAUCGAAUUAUCCUGGAGAAGAGGAUGACCGCGUUGACAUUGCGUUCUCAAAUGCGCCGAGCGUUCAAUAACAGUAAGGAAGUCUUAGAGGCCCUCCAAAAUGUCAUGUUGCAGCACAGUGAUAUCCGCACAUUUAUCCGACACUAUGAGGUGGAUGUCGAUGUCGACGCCCAGGGCAUCGUCUGUAAGACCGGUUCUCAAACGGAGCUGGUGCGAUUUGCUUGCUCCUUAAGCGCGUCUAUUGACCCCAACCGGCCUUUUUGGCUGUCUCUAGAAGAAUCGAAAUCGCUCAAUGCGCUUCCAGAGGUUGGUGCGCGGCAGGAUACCGUCAACAGACGGAAACAGAAGUGGAAAGUUCGAGAGGCCAAGUUCGAGUGCGCCCGCAUAGCCUGUCAAGCCCGCUUUGGCACUCUGGGCGCAGGGACGCUCUCCAAAUCCCGUCGUAAGGUACAGAAGAAACUGCAAGAGGUUGAAGAACAGACGAAGGAAGCGAAACGGCGAUAUGACCGGGCUGUUUGUGAACUACGCAACGAGAAGCAACGACAGCGGAACCGCUGGAUACGUGAGAACCUGAAGCGUUAUCGGGACGAGCAACCGGUGAUCGACUUGGAAAGUCAACUAGCAGGGAUGAUGAUCGAUACUAAGGUCAUGAAGACCUUGAGGCGCCAGGAUGCGAUGUCUGCGCAGCAUCUGACCUAUAUUGAGAGCAUGAUGGCUGCACCAGGAAAGACCAUUGAACUGGAGUACCAGCGUCGGAUUCGAGCCAUUGAUGAGGGUGCUUUGUAUUGCGGGAUGGAAGAAGGCCGACCCACACGCCGAACCAUCCCAUUUCGCCGACCGCCGCCCGAUGAUGAUGAUGAGGGUUCUAGUCCUCCUGCGAAACGACCGCGGUGCUCAGCGGACGAAGAGCCCGAUUGUGCUCUCCAAAGUGCAAUCAAGUCAGUAGUAAUCACUGAACCAAGUCAACGACCGGUCAUCUGUUUUAUUUGCGUUGGAAAUCCGCAGCUACCCAUGAGCAAGCGAACCAUGAAAUACAAGAACCCCGGAUCUCUCACGCGACACUUUUUACGGACACAUGCGAAACUUGCCUGGACCCAACCGGUUCGCUGCAAUGUGUGCCACGUUGACCUAAAAGAUAAGAUGGCUCUGAUGGGGCACGCUGAGUCGGAUCACGGAACUGUGUGCCGAUCGCACCCUUCGGUACUGGGACUAUAA